UCCAGCACGAAGAGAAGCGGAUUCGUCUCGUCGAUGGUAGAAAGGUCGACUCUCAUAAAUCCAGAGUACGGAUUGAGCGUCGUCUUGAACUCUCGCAUCGACGAUUACUACUACAAGAGUAUGCCCAGCAAUGGAUUCGAGAUACUCAUUUAUUCCUCUCUGGAUUAUCCCGACGCGCCAACUGGCAGCCUGAAAGAAGUCUUCGUUCCUCCCAACUCGGAAGUUUUUGUUUCGAUGGACGCGACGAGUUUGCAUUCGGCGCCGGUAUACGAAAAAUAAUUACCUUCUUCGAUGUAGUCUAUACACGAGCUGGGACCAACUCUCUAAAACUUUACGAAUGAUUAAUCGCUGCAGGAGGUGAUGGCGUACGACGUGAGCGCGAGGAAUUGCUUAUUCAAUACGGAGCAGAAUAAAAUAUUCAAGGAAUAUUACAUCGCUCUUACAGCGAUUGGAUUAUUUACUGCCGAAUCCGCGAUAUCCUUCGACUCUGCAAGUGCAUACCGUUCUUCGGUGAGCUUGCGCUAUACGAAAUUCAUCAAUGGAUUCAUAAAUAUAGUUCAACGCAAUUUGGAUUCUAGAUUCGCCCAAAUCUUGCAAUUUGGAUGAUUUGCCGUGUUUGAAAGAAUUUACAAGUAAGAAAAAUGCGAGAUUUUAUUUCUUUCAGGCGUGCCCGCGUGUCAACGUUGUUUCUCUAAUUUAUCGCAGCCUGCAACUGGAGACAAAUUCGUCCUAGGCUAAAGAAAAAAUCCAAUAUUGACAAUAUAUCCGUCAGUGUAUCUGCAGUGCGACUGUUUUCCAAGUGAGCUCUAGCAGGAUUCCUUUGACCAUCGACAAAAUACUUUGGGAUAGGUGAUGUGCAUUUUCCUGAAAAUCUAAUGGAAAUUAAUAAUUUAUAACGAAUGUGAUGUUUGUUUGUUUGUUUGUUUUUUUUACUUCAGAAACAUGAUUUCAAAUAGAAACUAUUCCAUGCUGCACGUCUAAUUCGACGAGCCGAAUACGAUCAGAUCGAAGCAAGACGUACUGUUCUACUGGUACGAAUUGAUGAGUGACUACGGCGGCAUAUGUAAUCUCUUCUUGGGUAUAAGCAUAAUAAACGCUCUCGAAAUAAUUUAUUUCUUGCUGCGUCUGAUCUGCUGUCGCAGCCGCGGAACCGUCAUCGAUCGCGCCGAAGAGGACAGUGUAUCAGUUACAACGGCCGUGCAAGAUGCGGAUGUUCCCGCAGUUCCAAUUCGGCAAACAAAAACGGCAGAAUCCAGAGUUGAACCAGCCAAGAGGUUAAAUACGGUUAAAGUUGAGCAGACUGUCGAUCGAGGAGACGCAGCUCUACUGGCAGGAGUUCGUUAGGCCGAUGAAUAAACUAUCACUGAAUAGAUGAGUCGUUUUUAGAGAAUAGGAUUAUUUUUAAAUUAGAGUGUACAGCGUGUUUAUAUGAAAAGCAGUUACGUUGAAUGC